GCGAGGGAAAUUUAACUGGAUGCCUAAGUCGGAAUGGCAAGAAGACGACUAGAGGCAGCUUUGCAAGUUGGUAAAGAUAUCGAGAACAAGUCAGUGGAUUUCACUUCUAUUGGAGUAAGACAUGAGAUUUCAGUGUCACGAGAACACAAGGGUGUGUACAGCCUCCAGUUUAAUUAUGACAGCAGCAGUCUGGCCGUGGGGUUGGGAUCCGGCUGCAUACAGAUAUACGACCCGAAGACCGGUAGGUUAGAUAAGACCUUUAAGAAGCCGCUGUACCUGAGUUAUCCUGUGAUGUCACUGCGCUACAACCCGAAGCGCCAGGACCUGCUCUAUGCUGCCAAUGCCAAGGGAGUUGUCCUUUCCUGCAAGCCUGACGACGAAAGCUGUGCUGAGAUCAUUAGCGAGAAGAACAAUGAGAUUAAUGCUCUCGACUUCAGCGCAGACGGUUUCAGCUUUGCGACGGCGGGAAAAGAUCUGAGCAUCCGCAUUUACGACACCAACACGAAUAAGCUGCAUCAUGAGUACGAUGGCUACCACCCGGUCAAGCACUCCGACAACACGUUCAAGGGCCACAGCCAGCGCAUAUUCGCGGUGCGCUACCACCCCGAGAACAACUACGUCUUUCUCACCGGUGGCUGGGACAACUGCGUGAAGGUGUGGGACAGCAGAACGCGGGAUGGGGUGGAGCGUCUCAUCACUGGCCCACACAUCUGUGGAGACAGCCUCGAUGUAAAGGGUUACAAGAUGCUGACGGGCUCGUGGACGUCCAAGAAUGCCCUGCAGAUCUGGGAACACACGAGCGGCAGUCUGGAGCGGACGGUUCCCGUGCCGUGCGGUUCGGGGGGAGAGUUCCUGUAUUGCUCGCAGUUCUGCGACAAUGACGCUGUUCUGGCCGGCGGCAGCGGCACCAACAGCGUGCAGGCUAUCAACAGCAAGACCGGCCAGUGCCUCGGCGACGUGAAGUUUUCGAAGCCCGUUCAGGCGAUGGACAGCACGCAGGGUGGACGCUGCUUCGCGGUUGGAGGCAUGGACGAACAUCUCAAGAUCGGCUAUCUGCAGUGA